AACAAUAUGCGAUUGAAGACUCGGGGGGCAAUAUCUGUAAUUGAAAAAAAAAAAUAAUUGAUCAAGUGAUAAACCUUCUCUCAGGUGUCUCGACCCUGCAGAAACGCAUCUCCUCAACCUAGAGUUCUGUCAGUGAUCUGUCAGUGAUCUGUCAACACCUCCGACAAGAAUGGCGAAGAUCGUGGGAAAAUAUCAGCACGAAAGGAGCGAAAAUCUCGACGAAUACUUCAGAACUCUCGGAGUUCCUUUCAUCGCUCGGAAGAUGAUGUCAGUAUCGAAUCCUAGAAUCGAAAUAAUUCAGGAUGAGGACGAGUGGACGUUGAAAAACAUCACGAUGAUUCGAACUCAAGAGGUGAAAUUCAAGUUUGGAGAGGAAUACGAGGAGUUCAUGCCCUUUGGGGUCGUCCUCAAGAAUACGACGAAUCUGGAGGGAGACUGUCUCGUGACGAUUUCAACCGGUCCAGACGGGACUAAAGUCAAUCGGAAAUACCAGUUUUCAGACGAUCGAAUGAUUCUGACGAUGACUCAGGAGAAAAAUGGAGUAACCUGCACCAGAUUUUUUAAGAGGAUCGAGUAGAAUUUUCGAAAAGGGUGUGGUCCUGGAUAAUAUCAAUGAUUAAAACCACAAGUCACCACUGUCUAUUGCGCAAACGUAAACAAUUCUACUCCCCCACCUUUAAACAGCCAUUGUAGUACAUUUUUCUCGUGAAUUGAUUUUUUUUUGGAAAACCCUCGUUUUUCAGAAUUUUAUAAAUAAAAGCUGACACUCAUUUCCAGGAAAAUGCGCAUGACACCGAUCGUAAUUGCGCGUUUAUCUCGGUGAUGGGGGGGUGUAGGAAGAAAAGUGA